AUGCUCAAAGAAAGCGGAGACAUUGCCAACCAGACGUCCGCAUUUGAGGAUAUGGAAAAUUACGCAGUACUUACGGGAACAUCACACGACAAACAUUUCUCGGGUAGGAACACUUCACGUAGCUCCGUUUAAUCUCAGAACUACAACUUUGAGUAAUCAUUUUACACCAAAGAAAAUGUAAGAUGCGUGAGCGUGUUGGAGAGAAGCGAGACACCCAACCUUCGCGCGCAAACUGAAAUAGGAAACUCUGCGGAAACUUUGGGGAGGUACCAGGAUGAGAUAUGGUUAUGUAGCUGCACCUGAUGGACACAAUACCGUUGAGGUUAGGGUUAGGGGUUAAAUUUCAGGUUAGGGUUAGUGGUUAUGGUUAGGUGUUAGGGUCACUAUUUUUCAACCACUCAACGUACGACCGUGCAUUCCCAAUAGAUUUUCUUUUGCAUGCAAUUACUUGGCUUCGUCGUCUGUGCGUUCCCCGCCUCACCUGUAAAAACCUCUAUUACCACCGGUGCCAUAUUACAGGUGGCUGGAGUUUGCUUAUCUCAGGUGCGACUACCGAACCAUGUUUGACCGGUAACAGGAUGAAAGACGCUAGUGUGCACAUACGCUUUCUAACUCAAUACUAAUGAGGGGUCACUCGGUAUAAAUGAGAAAAAAGGUAGUAGUUUCUUACGAUAUUGCAUGCACAUGAAUGUAUAGGACAUCUGUCGACACAUAAAAUGACAUGUCCUGAACAACCCAACUGUAGGACGAAAGUAGACAAUUCCGCUUUGCCCCAGAACUGAGGGUCUGCAGCCCACGUGGGCGGUCACAGAGUGGCAAGCAAUCAGCAACUGGGACAUGUUUACCGACAAAGCCAGGAAUGGCGAAAUAAUCAUUUGGUGUUUAUUUGUCUUCAUUAGUCAGUGGUAUGACUGUCUUGUUUAUAUGCUAGGCUUUGUUCUUAACCAUUUUCGAAAUCCUUCUGUAGUCACUUUCGCUAACUCCUAAUCAUGUUUCCGCGAAAAAUAUUUCAUAAGGCAUCCUUUUGACAGAUAUCUUUGUCAGGGAUUCUAAGAAACUAUUCAAAGGUUAACGACCUAGUCAUUCAUGUCCACUCUUGAGUUUCACACAAAUAAAACUGCCCGAAAUAGGCUCAAAAUAUUCGUCCGUUUCAGAAUACACUGCAUGUUCCACUUAGAUAUGUUGAAAUUAGGGCUGAAAGGAAUAAUUUUUUCGUCAACUGCUGUUUUCCCUUUUACUAAUAUUCUAGGUUUUAUAGUAAUUAUUGUGCGCUUUAGUUUGUGACACAUAUUGUCGUGUACUUUGGCAUAUACAAGUGAAAAUCGAGUUCCGGGAAGCAUCCGGUGAUGCCCAAUAACUUGAACAAUUUUUCAUUGGUUUAGCGUUUCAUAUUUGCUCAUAAAGCCCUCACAAGAAUCAACAACAGGUGAGAUAACGGAGGUAUAGGAUGCAGUCACACCAUGACCAUGAUUUCCAACAGUAACCGCUUUCGCAUAAUUGAGGGAAGUUUUAGGCGAAUCGACGAUUACUUAAUCGGCUUCGUCAAACGCUAACACCUGUGAAAAAUGUGGGGACUACAGGGGUUAGCAAGUGUUGUUGCGGAGUAACUGCACCCCAUAAAUACUGUACUCCCUGUGCAUAUGUUGCUCGCCCUAUUGACAAGUUUAGACUCGAGAGAGAAUCCGAAACGUCGGGCGGUUACCGGUUACUGUGCCGCCUCUUUCUCAUUUGCACGACCUGUCAUAAGGUUAAGCAUGUGGAGCAAAGCAACAAGACAGUCUGAAUCGCUUGCAACAAUGUGGUGUUGCGUGGUGUCUUAGUCUCAAUUGUAACAAAUGCCAACUUAUCCGAUUACAAUCGAGCAACAGGAGGCCGUUGAGAUCUGAAUAUCACUAUUUUAUCGGAGGUCACCAACUCGAAUCAGUCAACAAGUUAAAAGACCUCGGUGUGUGGAUGACGUGAACUCUCAAACCAUCGUCUCACUGCGCCAAGGUAUCAAAGAAGGCUACGGGUAUCCUAGGCGCGAUUACAAGAUCCUUUCUCAAUUUUGGCGAAGAAGUUUUCCGUCGAGUUUUUGGAGCAUACGUUCGACCAAUGUUGGAAUAUCGUUCUCAGGCAUGGUGUCCCUGGACGAAACAAGAUUACACCCUACUGGGGAACGUACAACGAACAGCGACCAAGCUAGUCGGCGGAUUAAGUAGCUUACCUUAUGAGAGGCGCCUGGAAAAGCUAAAAAUAUUUCCUCUCUCUUAUAGACAGUACAGAGGGGAUAUGAUCCUGGCCUUCAGGAUCGUCAGUGGGCUAGACUGUGCUCUUCAGUUUGACGAUUUCUUCGAACUGGCACAGACGACCAGUCUUCGAGGGCACCAAUAUAAAUUGAAGUUAAAAUAUGCCAAAGUCGAAUUGCGGGCCAAUUUCCUCUCCCACCGGCUGGAUGGGACAAAUUGCCGUUGUCUUAGCGGAAAACGUUGGGACCUUCAAAGGAAUAUAGAUAAAUAUAUGCUUUAUGGUCAAACAUUUACACGAUAUCAAUGACUGGCAUAAAUGUUACGUAGAUAUCUGCAUGUUUUUUAUACAUCUAUCUGCGAAUAGGGUUUUCCGAGACUCUGCCUAUAUCCCUCACAGAUACUGAAUUUUACUGAACUGAAUUAUUCAUCCACAUUGGUUUUUAAACGAGUAAAUUCCACGAACUUGGAAGUACUUAAUAUUAAUUUUUGUUCGCAGGUUGGAAAAAGAUGACGAUGAAACAAAAACUCAUGUUCUACUUUAGGACUGUCGGUGUCUUACCAUCCUAAAAAUAAAAUGAUAUCUUCCUUUUCCGACCUAUUCAAAGUUCCGUCCUUGUUUGAAAGCGUUCAUUCCCCGUUUAGGCAUGUUGGUUAGCAGUUCAGUCGAUAGUUCCCCCCUACAUUUUGGGUUGCUUUAGUUUUGAUGUAUUUCUUUGGCUAACGACGAGGCCCUGCUCCGGAAAUAAUACAGAACUUGGCUCGAACCUGACGACAGUCCCCUUUCGUGCCUACCUUUAUCCCACUAUUCCGUUCUCGGUUAUUUUUCAUGGUCUAAUUUACUCCGCUUUGAUCUGGCUUCCUUUCCGACCCGGAGCCUUUAUGUUUGCAUAAUUCUGAUAAGCUGUCAGGCGCUCCUCAUGGAAUUUUCUAAACCUACAGCCAAACAAUGGGUAGGGAUUCUGGAGGAUUCAGCUCCGCGUGUCGAAUGUAUAUCAUCAUCGAUCUUAAAUAACUGUAAUAAACAUGCUGAACUAACAAAUGUAGGUAUCUAGAACACAACCGCGUGCCACUAUGUCUUCAUUGAAUCAUAUUUAUGCAUAUAAUCGCGGAAGGACACAACGAUAUCCAGAAGUACUUACAUUUGUGGCUGUAGAUGUGUCCUUGAAACCGAAUGCCAAUUUGAUUUAAGGGUUGUUUGUUCAAACGCAUCUCUUACUAUCCUAUUUAUUUACAGCGCCAUAUUUGAGCAUGAUUCCAGGAAACUACAGAUUUUUCCGACAGAAACAAAAGUAAAUCCAUAAUUUGUAUUGUUAGUGUAGGAAGAGAAAGAAAUCUAAAAAACGUUCUGAAGCGUCUCGAGUGGAAACCAGUGACAGCCAGACUUUCUUCACUAACGAGAAACCAUCCAAAUCUCAAAUACCUUAUAAAACUGUACUUUGAUUAUUUUUUUAUUUUUGCUGGACAAAAAUCGCAUUUUAAAUGAUUUUUAUUGCCGCAAAGACGGAUGUACUUGCAAUGUUUGUGAACUUCGCAAUCUGGCGGCCAAGCAACUCGGUAGUCAUGAAUAUGUAGUCCAGCAGAUUCGAAGGCACACUUUUACGUAUCAUGACUCUGACGUAGUGCAUAAUUUCAAGCCCUUCAAUAAGACCGUUUUUUCGUGCUUAAGAAGGUGAGUCAGAAUUCCUUAAGGGGCGACUUUUUUUUCUAGAGUUCCUAAUGGGCCGAUAUUUCGAUCGUUGACGGGAUCAAGAAACAAAAAAAUAAUUUAUGAAUGCGAAAUGCUUCCAAGACAAAGUGCUCUCCUCCCUCAAACGGUGAGUUUUUUUUCUAUCGGAUCGGAAAUAUAUUCCUCGUUGGAGGUUAAAAUAUCGAACGUGACUACUCAUCUUUAUAAAUUGCAGAUCAUUGUGCGCGGCUCUGCAGAUCUAACUGGUAUUCAAUUGUUACAGACAGCCUAG